AUGGAGGCUUGUGGGGUCAAUGAGGUCUUAUUUGGGUUGGAAGCGGAUGCCAAAACUAGGUACCUACAUGCUUUGGAAGACUGUGAAAAGCUCUGGAGGGAGAAAUCUAGGAAUAAAUGGCUCAGAGAGGGGGAUCGAAACUCAAAGUUUUUUCACCUCUCUACGGUGAUAAGGAGGUCAAAAAAUCAAAUCAAAUGCCUUAAGAAAGAUGAUGGGACUGUUGUGGCUGACCUGGUUGGUAUGGCAGAGUAUGUGUGUACUUUCUUCAAAAAUUUUCAUAAGGCGGUUCCCUUGGCGGAGCACAUGGACCUCCUUGAUGUGAUUCCCAAUGUCUUGGGGGACGACGAUAGGGUGUCUUUGGAGGUGGAUCCUGAGUUAGAUGAAGUUAAGAAUGCGGUGUGGGAUCUUGACCCUGACAGCUCACCUAGGCUGGAUGGCUUUCAGGGUGCUUUUUUUAGGCGGUGUUGGGAGAUUGUGGGGACCGAUGUAGGGAGGGCAGUGGUUAACUUCUUCAGGGAAGGGAUCAUGCCAAAAGGGAUGAAUAACUAUUUCAUUUCUUUGAUUCCCAAGGUGGAGGGUGUAAUUUCUUUGGACAAAUUUUGUCCUAUCUGUAUGGGUAAUUUCAUUUGCAAAAUUAUUUCCAAGAUCCUGGCUAACAGGUUGGGGGCGCUUCUUCCCUGUCUUGUCUCCAAGGAGCAGGGGGCAUUCCAGAAAGGCAAGGUUAUUUUUUCGAAUAUUUGCAUGGCUUCGGAGAUGAGUAACUUGAUGCAUAAGGCCAUGAGGGGAGGUGGUAUAGGGCUUAAGCUAGAUGUGUAG